AUGAACCCAAGCGAGGUACCGUGGCGUAUAGGCGUUCAAAGCCAGCAGUUGUUUCGCAACGGGUCGGCCAGCGGUUGGUUCGAGGUUGGGUUUGGGGCACCGGCCACCCAGACGGCCGACGAAGCCGCCAUGAUGGAGCGGACGGUGCGUGCCAUGAAGCAGAAGCAAGAGCAGUUCGAGCGAGAGGAUAAAGAGUGCAUUAAAGCCGCCGACGCAAAGACAGAUGCCAAUGCGUGGUUAGAGCGUGUGGGAUGGGCCGACCAUUUGCAGGGUUUGGAUCCGGAAGCCAUGAGACAGUUAACGGACCCGGUCGGCGAAGAAGAGCACGUUUUACAGUUGAUUCAGGACAGUAUCAUGCGGGUCAUGUUGCAGGCACGGAUCACAGCCACGCCCAGCACGGUUGGCAGCCAGGCGUUGUUCGAAGUACAGCGUAAAGAAGUCGACAAGAAGCCGCGGCGGCCGUUUGAUAACCGAGUCGAAGACGAUACGUGGGCCCGGUACACGGCGGUGUGGUCCAAGUUGAUAUGUUACAUUUACCGCGCAGAGGCGUUAGAAGACGACAAGAAGCCCGGGUUCAAAUUAACAAAGCAGCAGGGCGAUCGCAUAGAUGCGUUAGAAUCCAUGAUUCAGGAGCAUAUCCAAGAUCCCGAAGCCAACCCGUUAGACGAGGACGAGAUGGAUCAAUUAACAUUACAGCUGGUUAUCGCAUUACUGGACCACAGGUUAACGGUAGGUGAGUAUCGCAGCGCCAUUAUUAGCGGGUUGGCCGUAUUAGGGAUUCGUAAAGACGGCGGUUGGGUGGACGUGAUGGAUUAUACGCCCAUAUAUUCGGCCGUGAUCAAAGUGGCACGGGCGAUGAUUGUGUAUCAGUCAUAUCAGGAGAGGCAGGCCGAGGUGGCCCGGUUGCAGCGGGAGAAGGAUUUGGACGAGGAAGAGGCCGAGGAGGAGGCGGCCAGCAUGUUCCGCAUCGUGCGUGAGAAGGUGCAGAAGUUCAUGACGGUGACAUCAAAGGAGACAUACGCCGAGCCGACGCCGAUGGAUUGGAUAUACGAGGCGCGCACGUACGGCAUGUAUAUUCGGUUUAACACGCCAGCAGGCGGGACCGUGGAUUGGGACGGCGACCGCAUCAAAUACCGAAAGACACGGUUCCGGAUGAGCCAGUUGACGGAGAUGUUGCACGCGUUGACAAGGGAGGCGAGAGAGCAUUUGGCGACGUUGACAAUGGUGGAUGACGUGGACCAGUUGCCGCGGAUCCCGUGGUUGGCAGUGGAAGACGAUCACAGUGAGGACCGUGUAGGAUAUUCGUUUUUAUCCGACGAACGGAACCACGAGUGGGUAAAGAAGGGCAACGAUUGGGUGAUGAACCAGAUCAUCGAUACCCAACCGCACGGGCAGGGCCAGGCACGACGCAAGGUGUGGAUCGACAACGGGAGAAGAGACGGAAAGCCAUUCCAGGCCCGGGCGGUGCAGUCAUAUGGCCAGACGUUCAACGGGUUCAUGGAACGCAUGUUCAUAUUGAUGUACAUGAUGAGCCAGCCCGGACGAGUGACGGAGAUAACGGGCAUCCGGCACCAGAACACAAUGAACGGAGGCGUCAGGAACAUAUUGGCGCAUAACGGCAUGAUGUGCAUAGUCACGUUAUAUCACAAGGGAUUUCGGUUGACGGGCCAGGCCAAGGUGAUUCACCGGUAUUUACCCCGUGCCGUAGGUGAGUUAUUGGUGUGGUAUUUAUGGUUGGUUUUGCCAUUUUGGCAGCAGGUUCAGGGUGUCGUUAAAGAUGCCGUUAUCCGUAGCCCGUUUAUGUGGCCGGACGAAGUGGUGCGCAAGGCAGAGGAAAGCAUCAUGCAGGAGAGGGAGGCGAGACGAGCGGCAUUAGAGAGGCAGAGUCAGAAUGGCGGCAUGCAUAAUGAAGACGACGACGAUGGAGGGGAGGGAGGAGGCCGUGGUGAUGGAAAUCGUGUUAUAGAGAACCCGCACGACCCCGAUAACCCCGGGAACGCCGAUGAUAUUGGGUUCCAGAGUUGGGUGCAGGAGCGAAAGUGGACAUCAGACCGGGUCCGUCGAAUCAUCCAACGGCACAGCAGGCGAUUAUUAGGUGUGACGUUGGGUAUCAGUUCGUGGAGGCAGAUUGCGAUUGCCAUAGCCCGUCGGUAUUUAAACGGUGCAUUUAAAGAGUCGACAUUGGAUGGGGACGACGAAGAGGACGAUUUGGAUGAUAACCCGGUGGAUUUACAAGCCGGGCACGGAACGCACGUGGCCGGCAUGGUAUACGCACGCGAGUUGCAGCAGGGGUUGUUCAGCACGGCGUCGAUGCGGGACAAGUUCCGGGCCGUCAGCCGGCAAUGGCACCGUUUGUUCGAGUUCCAGGACAGCGAGGAGAGUGGUACGUUGCUCGCAAUCCGGCGAAAGCGUGCCCCGUAUGACACGGAGCGUGAGCAUAAUCGGAUGCAGCGGUUCAGGCGAUUGCAGCAGGUCGACGUCGCCGGUCAGUUGCGACAGAUGAUGGGGCCGUCGGCGGCAUUCCGUGGGCAACAGGAGACGGUGAUCCGGGCGAUUAUACGGGGAGAGAGUCCAAUCGUCCAGAUCGCAGGCACAGGCGAGGGCAAGAGCAUGUCGUUUUUAUUGCCGGCAUAUUGCGCCAACGACAACGGCGGGACAACAAUCGUGAUCGUGCCGUUGGUGUCAUUACGGGAUGAUUUACACGGUCGUUGCGAAAAGAGUGAAAUCGGAACAUAUGUUUGGAAGAGCCGCGAAGGACACCAGAUCGCCCCGAUCGUAUUCGUAACGCCCGAGUCAGCCGUGACGAAGGAAUUUGGCGAUUACGUGAACCGAUUGCAUGCGCGGUGUGCAUUAGACCGGGUAGUGGUGGAUGAGUGUCACACCAUAUUGGACAGCUGUUGGAAAAUCCGGGGAUCCCCCUUCCUUUCAGGGUUUAGACUGUCAGACUGA